AUGAGUUUUGGUUUUAGUCCAGGCGACAUCGUCCUCUUCACAAAGUUUGCCUGGAAGAUUGUUUCUUCCCUGAAAGAGAACGGCUCCACAUCAGAUUUCCAGCAGGCUAAAGAGCAAUGUGAAGCAUUUCUUUCUCUCAUAGAGGAAACCCAACACCUCGAUCUUUCCAUCGUUCCUGAAUCAUUCCGGCAAAAGAUUUUCGAAAAUUCGACAAAUAUGCAAAGACUUGUUGAGACGUUCAAAAAGAGCAUUGAGCAAUAUGAGAAGUCGAUGGGCAAGGAUUCUAGCCGAGGCUCAAUGCGCAGUGCUCCAAGAAAGGUCAAAUGGGCUCUCCUGGCCGCCGAGGACCUCAAAACGUUCAGGAAUGGUCUCGGAAGCUACGUUCAACUUGCCCAACUAACCAUACAGACAAGCAUGCUCGCAAUUAUAGGCAGUCGUUCCCAGUUACCGCCCAUGACCGUAUCACCAUCGCAUAAUCUACUCCGCAAUGACGGCUCGUUCUACAGCACUUCUGAAGUGCGAUAUUCCCCUAUCGUUCCUCCUUUUAUAGGUGGAUAUGAACACUUUCGCCAAGUAGAUGAUUUAACAAAUAUUGUUUAUAAACGACUCCUCACGAGACCGGCUAUACAGCUUGCUGGAAGGGUGAAUACGCUGCCGGAUAAUCCAAACGAUAUUAUAUCUUCUACGCCAUUUGAUUCAAUGCAACGAGACAAUUUACCGUCGUCCACAUCUCAUUCACGCGAGCGGCAACUCGCAACCGGAGAGGAACCCCUUGAGAUCCAAGGAACUAGCGCAAAACAUAGUGCCCAGCAAAGUUUAGCUGAUGAGAUCGAUGAAUAUCUGACCUCGAUGAAGCUUGACAAACUAUCCCGGGAGGAAAGAGUAUACGUGGAGCAGAACGACCAGUUGCAUCCACACCCUCCACUUUCUGGCGCCAUGCAACAAAGGACAAGGCCUCAAAUUCUAGGACUUAGCAACGUGAUCGACUCACUGCAACCGUAUCAAGAUCAGACGAGUGGCUCAAACGAGCCUUAUUCUCGAUAUGACACAAAGGCUAAGGCUAGCAAAUCCCCGAGGCUGGAUCCGCUGUCUGCUGCAGCUAGCAUCAUAGGAUUCUACGCAUCAGCUGCUGAGUUUUCCUUAAAGUUGUCAAACAUUUUCCGUGAUAUGAAUGGCGAGUGUAAAGAAGUACGGCUUCUUUCACAGAGGUUAGGACAAUACUCGGAACUGCUACAAUCCGCUUGUGGUGUCGUCACUGCCAUGUCUUUCAGUGAAGAACUGCGGGGAGCAGGCACGUCAAUACUUCAUGACAAUGAGUGUCUUACGAAAGAUGUGGAGGUACUUCUAUCUAGAUAUGCAGAGAUCUACAAGUACCGGCUCAUAAGAAAGCUCACAUGGAAUCUAGUGAAAAGGGAUAUUCUGAACAUGGUGGAACAAAUAGAUUUCCUCAAAUCUUCACUCUCACUCAUGCUACAGUUGUAUCAAGUUAAGAUGACUGAAAGCCAAAUUCAGAUGUCACGCCAGUCUCACUGGAGCGCGAAUUUAGCAUGA